GCGUAUAUUGGUUAUAUUUAUAUGUAUAUGUGGUAAAUCCCGAGAGUCGCCCGCAGUACACAUAAACUGCAUAACAAGCACACACAGCCCAGCAGCAGAGGCAGGACGAAGAUAACAUACCUAUAUCUAUUGCAGUUACAUGUAUACACUGUAAAAGAGACGACGCAUUAGCGGUCAUUUUUCGAGCAAAUCUUUUGUGAUAAUCGCAUAUAGACACGUUUGCCCCGACACAUAUAUGUGUGGAUGUGUGUGUGUUUGGGUGAGCUCGUAAAAAACAUCUGUUCUUCUAGCGAAAUCUCUCUCUUCGAGGAAGUACAUACACGUACGGUGUGUGUUUGUGUGUGUGUAUGGGCAUCGACGCAUUGUAGUAGUCGCUGUGGUGCUGCUCCUGCUGUUAUUAUUAUAUAGGCACACGGUGUGCCGCGCGUGUGUUUGCUUAUAUAUUCAAUAUAUAUAUAGAGAGAAAGAGAGAGAGAGAGAGAGAGAGAAAAGUAUAGUACACGGAACUGGCUGAGCGGAUCGCUCUGUUGCAUGUGAGCGACGACGACCAGUUUGUACACGGCUGAACGCGAUUCAACGCAGCUCAGCUCUCGUAUAUAAGGUUAUAAGUGCCCGAUGACGACGACGACGACGACGACGACGAUGAUCAUAAUGACGUUCGUGCAUUGCGACUAGAAGCGACCAGUUAGUUGAGCGCCUUGAUACUCGGCGAUCGUCGACGCGAGCAAAAGCGAGAGAGUCGCAGCGAGUUUCGAAUAGACGAGAAAUAGAAGAAAUUUAAUCCGCAGCAAGAUGCUGACUUUGACGGAGGAGGGCCGAAGGGUGCCAAAAGGCGCAGCCAACGCGAACAAGAAGCCAGCCAAAGGGAAAAAACGCCCCAGCAAAAAUGACAAUAAGAAUGUCAACAAUAAGCGCAGCAACAUCAUGGUCUUGGAGAACAAAGAGGUGGAAAUGAAGGACAAUGUGAAUGUGAAUCAUAUCAUGAAGGAGGAAAUACAGAUAGCCGAUAUUCUGCCCGUGCACGGUCAGGUCACAGAGCUCAAUUCCGCAGAAGUCACCUUCGAAGCAGGGACUCUGACGGAGCAAGACUGUCAAACAGUAUUCAGUAUACCUGGGCUGGAUGCGGCGACCAACGGGCAGAAGUACGUUAUAAUAACGCUGGUGGGCGACGAUGGCCAGACACUGUCGGGCCAAUUGAUCAACGCAGAGGAGUUCACAACUGUACAGACACAGCAACAAGAGAUCAGUAACAAAACGCAGAAGCCACAGAAAAAAAUGCUACUCUUGCAAAAAGUUGAUACGCAACCAGCGCAGACUAUGCAAACGACUACCACCACGAUAGAGACCAUGCCAACUGUCACAAUAGAGCAACCAGUUCAAGAAACUGUAGCAAAAAUGGAUAAACCUCAAGAAUAUCCAGUUCAAAAUGAACCGGUGCCAGUUGUAAAUUUGUUCGAAGACUAUAAUACAUUGGAAACAGAUAACCCAGAACAAAAGGAUUUGGGUAACUGGAUCAAAAAGUUUGAAUCGCUCUCUCUUUUAUAUACAGAGUGCGGAAAACCAUUUGUUAAAUGCCCUGCUUGUACAGCAAUGUUUUUCAAAUCUACAUUGUUUGAAAAACAUGUAUCAUGUCAUUUAACUAAAGAAAAUGAAUUGUACAUUUGUAACUAUUGUCAAUUCAGUAAUGAAAAUCCAAAUCUAGUAUUUAAGCACAUGCCAGCUCAUCAAGAUCAGUGUGAAGUUUGUAAUGUUAAUUUGACAAGAAAAAAUAGUUUCAAGAAACAUUUGGAAUUUGCAGAACAGUCAAUGUUUUUCCAGUCCAAAAGAGACAAAUGGGGAAGAUAUUUAUGUCUGACCUGUAAACUUGGUUUCGAUUUGAAUCAUCAAUUACAGAGGCAUUGGUUUAAACAUUAUUGCUGUACCAAAAAGACCUCUCAGUGUAAAGAUUGUUAUGGGAUUUUUGAUACCCCUGAAGCUCUUACAAAUCACGUUUGUUUAAAAUGCCCAGUGUGUGGUAAAGUCUGUGACAGUGUUCAUCGUCUUAGGUCUCACACACGCUAUGAAAAACAUUAUUUGUACUGUAAUAUCUGUACAUAUGAGUUCAUUUUAUCAGUAGAUCAUGACAAGCACAUGCAACUUCAUAAAAAAGUUUAUCAUAUGCAUAAAGAAUAUUCACAUUGUCUGGAAUCUGAUGAUGGCACAUCUUUUCAGUGCGAACUUUGUUGUAAAAUAUAUCACACCAUGUCUUUACUUUUAACACAUUUACAUGAUGAUCAUCAAAUUACUGACACAACCAGAACUGUAACAGAAGAAGAACUGAAUAGGAUAACUAUGACAGAAGAAAAAGAUGGAACUACUUCAUAUGAAUUAAUUGCAUUAAAAGAAGAUGAUUUAGGGUGUCAUCAAGUUGAUUUAAAUAUAGCCAGUCAAGAGGUAUUAGUUGUACAAACUGAAAGAACUGUUGAAAAAGUUGAUGGCGAAACUGUGGAAGUUGAUAAUCAAUGUCAACCGGUCUCUUUGUGUUGGAAUCGAUAUCAGAUAGAAGAGGACCCAAAUGUUACAAAAUCAAAUUAAAGUUUUGUAAUUUUAUAAUUCAAAUGUUUUCUUUUUAUUUAUAGUUUGUUACAAAUUUUGUAACAAUAAUAAGUUUUGAAUAAAAGCAACAGAAUAUGUUUAUUCUUUACUUUGAAAUGUAACUGUAAUAAAAGGGGCACGUGCAUUUUCAAGACUGUACAAAUACAAGAACUUUUGAAACACAAAUAUUGAGAAUAGCAAGUGAUAUAAAACUGGGUAGAUGACCAAUUCUAGGACAUAAAGUUCCUAUUUUUGAAUUUUGAUGAAAAAAAUUAUUACAAACUGUUACACAAGAAUAUGUUUAAUAAGUCUGAUUCCAUUAUGGAGUCUCAUUUUGAGAAAGUCAUUUUUGAUUAUAAGAAAAUAUUCAUAAAUUUGUUAUGUCUCUGUAAUAUCUUUGUAGAAACUCUUUUCAAAGCGCAGCCGUUUAAAAUCGACCAUUAAGUGAUUGUUUGUUGACCUACUCACACAUUAUGGCGUGAGUAAGUUAAUUUCUUGAAUUGUCUUGGCAUUAUAUGCUUAUAGAGUUGACCAUCUUUAUAAAAAAAGUUCAUCAAAAUAUGGUGGGAUGAAAUUUUGAGAAUAUAACAAUUUGUACAAUUGCUGGAACAUUGAAUUCAGCUUUAAAAAAAUUUUCUUUGUAUAAUGUUAUUCUUAGCAUAAGGACAAGGGUGGUAAUGUAAAUAUUUAAUGGUAAUUAAAUUAAAAGAAUUUAUAAAAGUAGAGAAACUAUUAAUAAGCAAGUCACGAAGUGGAAGAUAUUUGAUAACUUGUAAUAUUAAUGCUUUUAUGUAAGAAUAUGCACACAAUUGUAGUUAUUAAUAAACGAUAGAUUUCAAUAUCAUAAAAAAUGUUUUUUGAAACUGAA